GUUCCGUAGGCAUAAAUAUCUUGUUCUCUAUCGGCUCCUCUCCGCCGUCGUUCUUUUUCUUCUCAUCUUCCCCCGUUUCUUAAAGGUGCCGCCUUGCCAAAAGUGACGAUGGCUGGCGCCGCCAGUCCUUACUCCGGCGUCUGGAAGCCCUACCGUCCCUACUUGAAGCGCACCAAUAUUGUCCAACUAAGCGUCGUCGCCCUCCUUUGCUCUGCCUCCUACUUCCUUGGAAUCUGGCAGCACGGCGGCGGCUCCACCUCCACCGUCCUCACCGCCGUCUCUUGCGAAAAGAAUACCUCGGCCGGAGGUGCUGGCGCUGUUACGCUCGACUUCACCAUCCAGCACGGGGCGGCGGCGGAGGAACCGACCGCCGUGCGGAAGUUCCCGGCCUGCGACAUCAAGUACUCGGAGUACACGCCGUGCGAAGACCGGGACAGGUCGCUGCGGUUCGACCGAGACCGGCUAAUCUACCGGGAGCGGCACUGUCCGGAGAAGGGUGAGCUGCUUAAGUGCUUAAUACCGGCGCCGCCGGGGUACAGGAACCCCUUUCCUUGGCCGGCGAGCAGGGAGACAGCGUGGUUCGCCAACGUGCCGCACAAGGAGCUGACGGUCGAGAAGGCGGUCCAAAACUGGAUCCGCGUCUACGGCGAUAAGUUCCGGUUCCCGGGCGGCGGCACCAUGUUCCCCAACGGCGCCGAUGCGUACAUUGACGACAUCGAUCGCCUCAUCCCUCUUCGAGACGGGUCGAUCCGGACCGCCGUAGACACCGGUUGCGGGGUGGCGAGCUGGGGAGCUUACCUUCUCUCCCGCAACGUCAUAGCAAUGUCGUUCGCCCCUCGGGACUCGCACGAGGCACAGGUCCAAUUCGCGCUCGAGCGUGGCAUUCCGGCGAUGAUCGGCGUUCUCGCCUCCAUCCGCCUCCCCUACCCGUCGAGGGCCUUCGAUAUGGCCCACUGCUCGCGAUGCCUCAUCCCGUGGCAUCUCUACGGCGGGCAGUACUUGAUGGAGAUCGACCGCAUUCUCCGCCCCGGCGGCUACUGGAUCCUCUCCGGCCCGCCGAUCAACUGGAAGAAGCACUGGCGGGGCUGGAACCGGACGCAGCGCGACUUGAGCUCCGAGCAGUCCGCCAUCGAAGCCGUCGCCAAUAGCCUCUGCUGGAAGAAACUCGCAGAGAAUGGAGACAUCGCCAUCUGGCAGAAGCCCAUCAACCACCUCGCCUGCAAAUUCAUGAACUCGUCCCUGUUCUGCCAAUCCAACAAUCCAGACACCGCAUGGCACACCAAAAUGGAAACUUGCAUAACUCCACUGCCCGAGGUGGCCAACAUGGACGAGAUCGCCGGCGGAGAGAUCAAGAAGUGGCCGGAAAGACUAACGGCGGUGCCCCCGAGGAUCGCAACCAGAAGUCUUCCAGGACUCACACCGGAAAUGUUCUUGCAAGACUCUGAGAUAUGGAGGAAGAGGGUCGGCUACUACAAGUCAUUGAUCAACCAAUUAGGCCAGAAGGGUGGAUACCGCAAUUUGCUAGAUAUGAAUGCAUGCUUUGGCGGCUUCGCGGCUGCCCUCAUCGACAAUCCCCUUUGGGUCAUGAACACAGUCCCGACCAUCGCAAACAGAAACACCCUUGGAGUCAUCUACCAGCGCGGCCUAAUUGGUACCUAUCAAGAUUGGUGUCAAGCAAUGUCUACAUAUCCGAGAACUUACGAUCUCAUUCAUGGCUAUUCAGUCUUCACCCUUUAUAAGGACAAAUGUGAAAUGGAGGACAUUUUAUUAGAGAUGGAUAGGAUCUUGAGGCCUAAAGGCACCGUGAUUUUGAGAGACGACAUCGAUAUGUUAGUGAAGAUAAAGGAUAUUGCCGAUGGAAUGAGAUGGAAGAGUCAGAUCAUCGAUCACGAAAAUGGCCCGUUAGAGAGGGAGAAGAUCCUUUUGGCCGUUAAGACCUACUGGACUGCUCCGGGGCCAAACCAAGAAUUGUAACCUGCUUCACUAUGAAAAAGAGGAAUGCAAUAACAGAACUGGAAUUUCGUUUGUUCUUCGUGUUACCUUUCGUUGCGCGUGAUCGAUGAGAUCGUUCAUGGUUGGAGAUGAAGGGAGCAGGUGGAGCACAUGAAAUGGAAUGAAUCGAUGCAUGAGAGCUGUGACUCAGACUAAUUUCUUUCUCUAUCUCUGUGCAUGAUCUCAUUAACUUAAACUGCAUCUAUAACUGGAGUUCACUUGAAAUAAACAAGCUUUCUUGAUGAUUCGAGGACCCAGUGGGCAUGAAUGCAAGUGCACCAACUUGGCUUCUUGAGCUCAUCAAUGGAAGUUUGAGAGACAUGGGAGUUGAUUAAACAAGUAAUCUGAGUGGGAAGUGUUCCAGGAUACAGAGAUCCAUCAAAACCGAUGUGCAGGAAUUUUGAAGAGAGAGUUGACUUUUGUCAACUAA